AUGAAUACUAACACGAAGACUAACGAUAAUAAAGGUACUACAGAGUCUCCUCUUCUGUUGUUGGUUAACGAUGAACUUUUGGUGGGCCAGAUGCUAGCAUUUGUUGGUAUUGGACACUACGCGUUUGUAGGAGCCGUCAACAAGAAGAUGAAUCAACUGUACAAAGACUACUGUGAAACGGAACUGAAGAAACAUCCAAGAACCGUAAAGAGUAACCCUGGAAAGUACUGUUUUGCCCGUCGAUCUGCAAAAAGCACGGAUACUCUUUGCAGUGAAACAUUCUGUAACCUGCCACGUGCCGAAUACUGGCUCAAGCAGGAGGACAAUUCUAAAAGACCGGAGCGUAUUUAUGUUUGCAAUGUCAUUGCCAAAAUUGGAAACAUUACUGUCAUGCAGUGGGCACAACAACAGCAACAGUUCCCUUGGAAUAAGUGGGCAUGCUAUCAUGCUGCUAAAAAUGGACAUUUGGGAAUGCUCCAAUGGUUAAGAAAGAAUGGUUGUCCAUGGAAUGCAGAUACAUGUUCCGGUGCUGCGGAAGGUGGACAUUUGGAAGUUUUAAAGUGGGCUCGUGAAAAUGGUUGUCCAUGGAAUCAUUGGACAUGCACAGAUGCUGCUCGAAGAGGUCACCUUGAUGUGCUAAAGUGGGCACGUGAAAAUGGUUGUCCAUGGAUCGAGUGUACAUGUGCUGAGGCUGCUCAAAAUGGACAGUUGGAAAUUCUAAAGUGGGCUCAUGAAAAUGGCUGUCCAUGGAAUGCCGAUACAUGCAAUAAGGCUGCUGCAUAUGGCCAUUUUGAAAUUUUGAAGUGGGCUCGUGAAAAUGGUUGUCCAUGGGCGGAAUGGACAUGUGUCUGUGCUGCGGAAGGUGGACAUUUGGAAAUUCUGAUUUGGUUAAGAGAGAAUGGUUGUCCAUGGGAUGCAGAUACAUGUGCUAGAGCUGCUGCAGGUGGUCAUUUUGAAAUUUUGAAGUGGGCUCGCGAAAAUGGGUGUCCAUGGGAUGCAUGGACAUGUGCUCGUGCUGCUGAAAAGGGACAUUUGGAAGUUUUAAAGUGGGCUCAUGAGAAUGGUUGUCCAUGGAAUGUAUGGACAUGCGAGGCUGCUGCGGAAGGUGGACAUUUGGAGAUUUUGAAGUGGGCGCAUACAAACGGGUGUCCGUGGAACGCACAUACAUUCAGAGCUGCCAGAAGAGGCUUUGGAAGCGAAAAAAUCGAAAUGAUCCAGUGGCUACAGGACAAUCACUGCCCUACUAGCUAG